GGGGUGAAGUUAACAAUUUGACAUCCUGUAUCGGGUAAAUUUAAAAUAAAAACCAGCUACCUUAGUAAUAUAUGAUAGAAAAGAUUCAUUCGCAGAAGGAAGUAAACAUGAAAGACAAAAGUUAAUGUCUGCCUCCAUGUCUGUGGAAUAGAAAAGAUUCAACUCAGUUCUUCAGCAACCAUGAGGAUUGGAGAACAGUUGAUAUGAACGCAACAAAAAAUCAAAAAUAUCAAGAGUGAUGCAGAUUGAAUAUUGAUCAGAUAUUAUAAUAAGAAGAUAUGUUCCAUGUGCUCCCAAGAAAAAUAGCCCACAUGUCUUGAAUAUUUCUUUCAAGCUUUCUCCGAAAUAAGGAAUAUUGACAAGAUAUAGGCAUGGCAGCCAUUGUCGUGUGGAAUUGUAAAAUGUGUACUUUCGAGAACGCGAAAAAGGACGAUAAGUGCGAAAUAUGUGAAUUUCCCCGUAAAGAUAAGUUUUCCAAAGAGUCUGAAGUAUUAAAGAGUGACAGGUUAUCUAGUGUGGGUAGCCAGAAUCUCGAAGGUAUGCAGAAAAAUGGACAUGCAGACGGCAGUCCCAGUAUGAUUGUCAGUGAUUCGGCAACAGAAGUAGAAAAAACGCGUACAGAAUGGACGUGUAAACGAUGUACAUUAUUAAAUUCCGCUGAAAAAAAGAGAUGCAGUGUUUGCGAAUCUCCGCGAGUUGUGAAAAUACCCACAAUUCCAGACAAUGUAGAUAUCAGCCAUAUUAAACCUGAUAUUAAACCACAGACGGCCGUGCCCAAUAAAGCACGAACCAUCAUCCCUGAUGUACCCAUCAGUCAGGUUAUUCGACCAAAAGAUUUUAAGAAAGCGACCCCUACAAAAAGACCAGAAUUGGCAAUGGAACGAAAACCAUCUACAAGUAGAGAUGAAGAGGACAUGGAAUGGGCGUGUGAGAAUUGUACGUACAGUUGUAAUCCUUCCUGGGCCAAACAGUGCGAUACAUGCAGCUAUUUCCGACCCGCUGUUCCUGGGCAGACACCAAAAAGUCCAAUAGAGUUCAAAAACGACAGUGUUAAGUUCUCCAAAACCGCUUCUCAAAACGAUAGUCAGUCAUCAACGGAAUCAUGGGCAUGUAGUCAAUGUACGUUUAGAAACGAUAGUGAUUUCGAGAUGUGUCUGAUGUGUGGUUUCGGUAAGAACCAGUCCGAGAACAUUGCUUGUGGAAGCGAAUGGGUCUGUCCACGCUGUACGUUACAUAACAAACAAACACGAACUAAAUGCUCAGCUUGCGGCUGUAAAACGGGUGCCAUGGAGACAUCAGGUAUUACGCCAUCCGGUGGUGGCGAACAACCGGCAUCCAUUUCUUCCAUCACACAAGAAGUUGGAAAGCAGAGUAUGUGGUCAUCUGAUGAAGACAGUAUUGAUAAGUCUAUAACGUCUGCUACUGGUACGCUAAAUACUCGUAACAGAACCAAGAGAAAAAUCGUGAAGGAUUUACCGGGGACAUUAUCGAGGCAGGAGAGUUCUCUAAUGGAUGAUUUACUGUUAAUUGAAGUUGAAGAAGCUUUGGAAAGACUUCAGUGUAUCCGACUCUUCUGUAAACAGAAUAAAGAAGAAUUUGUUGACGAUUCUUUUCCACCCUCUUCGAAAUCUUUGUACCUGGAUAAUAAUUCACGUUUCGCAGCUCGGAACUUCCAGUGGCUGCGACCACACCAGAUCUCUGCGUAUACACGAGAUGAAUCAAAGUUAAAAUGGGUGAUUUAUCGAACCCCAAUGCCAGAAGAUAUUUCUCAGGGAGUUCUGGGAAAUUGUUGGUUUUUAAGUUCAUUGGCUGUUUUGGCCGAGAGACCAGAGCUAGUGGAAAGAAUUAUUUUAACGAAAGAAUAUUCGGUUGAAGGCGGGUAUCAGGUGCGUCUAUGUAAGGAUGGAAUGUGGAAGGUUGUGUUAAUUGAUGAUUAUCUCCCCUGUGAUGAAAAUGGCAUGCUGGUAUUUUCUCAGGCCAAGAGAAGACAACUGUGGGUACCAUUGAUAGAGAAGGCCAUGGCUAAAUUACACGGUAGUUAUGAGGCAUUGGUUGCUGGGAAAUGUAUCGAAGGUUUAGCUACGUUAACUGGAGCUCCGUGUGAGAGUAUUCCACUACAAGGAAAUGAACAGAAAAAAAGAAAAGUAGAACCUGAUUUAAUCUGGGCAAAGUUACGGAGUUGUCGAGAUCUAAAAUUUUUAAUGGGAGCAUCAUGUGGUGGUGGUAAUAUGAAGGCAGACACAAAACAUUUUGAAGAAGUAGGAUUACGAUCCCGUCACGCCUACUCUAUAUUGGACGUACAAGAUGUUGAAGGAAACAAAUUGGUGCGAUUACGGAAUCCAUGGGGAAGAUUUUCAUGGAAAGGUGAUUGGUCUGAUCAGUCAGAUAAAUGGCAGUUUGUUAGUCAGACGGUUCGAGAUAAUUUAAUGGUACACGGAGAAAUGGAUGGAGUUUUCUGGAUGUCCUUGUCUGAUUUACUCAUAUAUUUUGACAGUAUUGAUGUUUGUAAAAUCCGUCCUGAUUGGAGAGAGACUCGAAUACAGGGUGUGUUCCCGAGAAAUGCCAUGGAACCAAUGAAAUUAGUUAAAUUAACGGUAUUUAAUACGACAGAGUUAGAGCUGGGAUUGUUUCAGGAAGGGAUAAGAGGGAAUGACAGUAUAACUUUAGAUCUAUGUAUCGUGGUUGUACGUGAGGUGAACAACACGACAACGGCAGCAGGCAAGCUAAUUGGCUGUAGUCCAAGACAGUUGCGUAGUUUUAUAGGGUGUAAUAUGAUGAUUGAAGAAGGCCAAUAUCUAGUUUUAUGUUUAGCAUUUAAUCACUUCUCAACAGGGACUGUAAAACCUAAAGGACCUCUACAUCAAUAUGUCCUAUCUAUACAUAGUUCUAAACCUGUUAUGGUGGACGAGAUAACCACCUAUAGAAAUCGUCAAUACGAACAUAUUCUACCAGAUGCUUGUAUACAGUUAGCACUAGCUAGAGGGAACACAGAGGAGAUUCGCCCUGGUAUAACAGUUUAUACUCUGAUGAAUGGCUGGGCGGGAGGAAUAUUUAUGGUAGAAAAUCGUCUGCCACAGAAUUGUGUCAAUGUCCUAUGUGAGUGUACGAACAGCUCGAAUGUUGUUUCAACUCGUGGAGAAUUAAUCACUAAAGACUGUGUUCCAGCUUUAAGCAGACAAAUUUUAAUGGUAUUAUCACAUUUAGAGAGAACUCAACCAUAUCACUUAUCACGACGAAUUUUACAUCGUAUCUCUACGCCAGCUUACGGUCUCAGCGAUUGGGGUCCGCCAGGUGCUACAAACAUUCCUCCUUUGACACCUCCUGUAGCUCUGCUUCAUUCAUCCCGACCAUUAUAACAUUAUCAACUUCAGGGUCCAGAUCUCGACCAUUAAAACAUUAUCAACCCUAGGGUCCCCCAAAAAAACCCGAAAGGCCCAAGAUAAAGAGGAUCUCAACCAUUAUAACAUUAUCAACUCAAGGGUAAAAAAACAAAACCUUGAGGAUCUCAAACGUUCAUGGUCAGAAAAAAACUGAGUGAUCCCGGCCAUAAAAAAAAAUUAUGUCAUUUCAUUUCAACAUUGGAUUUUAAGAAAGUUCUUCUGACCCCAACCUUUACAUAUCACAUUUUGAACACUGAUCAAGAUGGCUGCAUAUUCUACAGGAGAAAAGUCUACCACAGUGCUUAAGGAAGUCAGAAAUUCCCACACACCAAAUUAGAAACCACAAGGGUUGAGGUUAUUGGUAGGUGAACCUAACCCUGACCAAGAAUUUCCGCUACAUGAAAAAGACCGCCAAAAUCUGCUUGAUCUCCUCCAUAAUGGACCAUAUCUUCCCAACAGACCAAAAAAUAGGCAAUAUCAUAUUAUACAGACAAGAUGUCCAAGACUCAUUUAAUGGAUGCCAUCAAGAUGCCCAUGACCCUUUUUUAAUGGACACCAUCAAGAUGUCCAUCAUAUAUUUAAUGGAUGCCAUGACUCAUUUAAUGGAUAGCCUCAAGAUGUCCAUCAUAUAACAGUAAACUAAUGGACACCAUUAAAAUGUCCAUCACAUAUUUAAUGGACGCCAUCAAGAUGUCCAUCGCAUAUUUAACAGGUGCCAUGAAGAUGCCCAUAAUAGACUCCAUUAAGAUACCCAUGACUCAUUUAAUGGACACCAUCAAGUUGUCCAUCAUGUAUUAAAUGAAUGCAAUCAAGAUGUCUUUGAAGAUUAACAAAUUAAUAAAAGUGUUGUGAACACAAUUGAUCAGAUCUUCCCCUCAAUCCACCGCACUGGCUACCACUGUUAAGCUUGAGAAUUUCAAUUUAUUAUAUAUUAUAUGUGAUUUAUUAUAUAUUAUAUGUGAUUUAUUAUAUAUUAUAUGUGAUU